AUGGAUGUGAAUGAGUUGUUGGAUUACUCAGGUGAAAAUAAUGAAUGUUAUGAGGUUCAAAGCAUUGAAGAAAUUAUGACGGAUGCCGUUCAAAAUCCGGUUGAUGAUGAUUCAGUACCUUUGGAACUGGUCACUCGAAAAAAAACAUUGCAAGCGGCAACAACUCUUCACAACUUUUUGUUUCAAUACGAGAAUACAGUGCCUCAACUCUUAAAUGCAAUGGGGAGAUUUAAAGAUGAACUCAAUAUAGAUUCGAAGUUCACAAAAAAGCAAGUGACUAUAGAUUCAUUUUUUACUAGACGAUCCUAG